AUGAUGUCAAUUACAUUCUAUUCCUGCUUUACUGCUACAUUGUUUUUUUUUCACUUUCUUUUUUCGCUAUUUUUCUCUUUUCUUUUUAAUCCCUUUUUGUCAUCAAUUUUAUUUUCGUCUUUUUUUCCUUUUAUGAGAUUUCUUUUUCUUUUAUUCUUUAUUCUUUCUCAUUCUUUCUUUUUUUCCUUUCGUCCCCCCCUCUACAUAUUUCCUUUUCUUUCCUUAUUCUUUCCCUCCCUUUUUGCUUUUUUCUGCUUUCCUUACAUUUUCUUUUCUUCUUCUUUUCUUUCGUUUUCAUUUUUACUCUUUCCCCUAUGCCAGAUGUGCUUUCCUUUUAAUAGUUUUUCAUUUCUUCCUUCUUUUCUAUCUUUGAGACUCGCUUGUUUUUUUUUCUUUUAUUCCUUCAUUUUUCCUCUUUUUCAUUUUUUUCUAUUCUUCGUAAUGUCAUUUGAUUCUUCUUCUUUAUUUCUUUCAGAUUUUCUUCUUUUUGUUCUUUCUUUUCUGUUCAUUUUCAUUCUUGCUAUCCUUUCUUUUUAUAUGUCUACUUUUCUUUCAGCUAGCUAUUUUUUCUCUUAUCACUUAAUUCUUUUCUUUUUCUUUUAUUCUUCUCUUUUCUUUCUUUUUUUUCCUUUCGUUCCCGUUCUUCAUGUUUCCUUUAUUUCUAUCAUUUUUUUUUCGUCCUUUCAUUUCUUCAUUCUUUCCCUUCCAUCAUAUUUCCUUUUCUUCUAUUAUUCUUUUCUUUCCUUUCUGUUAUUACUUUUUCUCUUCCUUCAAAUUGACUUAUUUUUUUAUGGGGUCUUUUUUUUUUCUUUCCUGCCUUUUCUUUCAUCGAUUCGUCUUUCUUUUCUUUUGUACCUUAUUUGCUUUCCUUUCCUUACUAAUUUAUAUUCCUUUCUUCUUUCUUUUUUUCUUUUGUCUUUCCUUUCCAGAUUUUCUUCUUUUCCUAUCGUUUUCAUCUUUCUUUCGCCAUUCUUUCGAUAUUCUUCCUUAUUUUGUCUUUUCCUUCUUUCCUUUCUCUUUUAUUUCCUCUUUCCUUUAAUUCAAUUUUUCUUCUUUUUCUUUCUUUUCAUUUUUCUUCGUUCGUUUCAUUCCAUUUUCUAUUCUUCUUCCUCUUUACUUAUCUUAUUUUCUUUCUUCUUUUCCUUUUCUUCUUUUAAUCUUGAUUUUCUUUUUUCUUUCUUUUUCCUUCAUUUUCUCUUUUCUUUAUUCCUUUUCUUGAUUAUUUUUUUAUAUUUUCUUUUUCAUACUAUUCUUCAUUAUCUUCUUUUUUCUUUUAUUUUCAUUCAGCAUACCUCUCAGUCAUUCCUUACAAUUUUCUUCCUUGUCUGUUUCAUGCUUUCCUUCCUUCCUUCUCCUCUCUUUCCUAUUAUUCAUUUUCUCACCGUUAUUUUACACCGUGUUUUUCUUUCUUUUUCAUUGACUCCUUCCCCUUUCUUCUUUCUUUUUUUCCUUUCUUCCAUUAGUUUUGUUUUCUUAUUUUUUCUUUCGGAAAUAUAA